AUGCGCCCCUACCUCCGCCAGCUUCGACGCGUCCAAUACUCUUCGUCCAACGCCAUACCCGGUCCGCUGGGUCCGACACUCUCACCCUGCAAAGAUCUUCAGUUCGGCUACGAUUCGAAAGGCACAUUUCCAACGAUCUUCGCACUCGAAACUUACUUCCGAGAAGAAUAUGACGCUGCUGAAGGCCGUGCCUCUGGAGGUUGGGCACCUUCACCAAACUGCAAACCCCUCGAUGCUUCUGCUUUUGCCUCCUUGAUUUUUUCGCACAACGAUCUUAACAUGCGCAACUUGCUGCUGGAUGAACACAGUGUGCUGUGGGUUGUUGACUGGGGCUUUUCAGGGGUUUAUCCCCCGUGGUUUGAGUAUCUUGAGAUGAGAUACGCUGCGCAGAAGGAUCACAAUCCGGAGAGCUGGCAGAAAUGUAUCCAGUAUAUGACAGAGCCGGCGUUUGAAGUUGAAGACGCGCCGCAGUGA